AUGCAUUUCAGAAUUAAGGACGUCAAUAGAAACUCUCAGAAAAAUUAUUCUAGUAUGACUAGCGAGGAAAGACUUAACUUGAGGAAGCGAAUCAUACAAGAUGCCCUAACGUUUGCGUACAACAUUUCCUAUUCCAAUUUUUCCAAUUAUCAGUAUUUCUCCCCUAUGUAUGCUAGCAGCACGGAGGAGCUAAAGAAGCUGGAAAUUUUAAUGAAAAAAAUAAAGCUGGACAAUAGCAAAAAAGAACAAAUGAUCAAGCUAGCUAGACAAAACAUCUCCCCCUAUUAUUUCCCUUUCAGUAACAUGUACAGCGAAGGGGAGCUCAAGUACUUCGAGAAAUGCAUCGUCCCCUAUGUGAAGGCGCAAGAAAAAGUUGAGCAAAUACACAAAGAUCUCUUCAGCGCCUAUCAAAACUACGUUAUUUACAACAAUAUUUACGAAUUGUGGACAGAGGAGCUCGAAUCCUUAGACAAGUCGAUCCUUUUUGAUGCGUAUAGAAACAAAGUUAAGGUACAGAAAUGA